AGAUCCUAUCCCACAGCCCCAAAAAACCCACUCCCUAUAAUCUGCUCUUCUUUCUCUCUCUCUCUCUCUCUUCUCAAACCCACCUGCAUUUCUCUUUCUUCUCUAAUGGGGUUUCUUUUUUCGCCCUCUUUUCAAGAAUGCCAUUGAAGGGGUUUUGAAAAUCAUCGUUUGGCGUUGAGGGCUUUUCAGAUCUGAAGCUUUUGAAGACUUGACGAAGAUUCUCUCCUUUUCUUUAAGGAUUUGGGUUUAUCAGGUGUGUUUGAAAAAUCAAUUGAACUGCGAUGAUGAUGCAAAAGCCUCCACCAGAGGAUUUCUUACUGAAGGAGACCAAUCCCCAUCUUGGUGGGGGGAAGGUCACUGGUGACAAACUAGCAAGUACCUAUGACCUUGUUGAGCAAAUGUAUUACCUCUAUGUUCGGGUCGUGAAGGCGAAAGACUUGCCCGGGAAAGAUAUCACAGGUAGCUGCGAUCCGUAUGUGGAGGUUAAGCUUGGGAAUUACAAAGGGACGACUCGGCAUUUCGAGAAGAAGUCGAAUCCCGAAUGGAAUCAAGUGUUUGCGUUUUCGAAGGAUCGGAUUCAGGCUUCGGUGCUUGAGGUGACUGUGAAGGAUAAGGAUCCUGUGAAGGAUGAUUUCAUGGGGAGAGUUCUUUUUGACUUGAAUGAGGUUCCGAGAAGGGUACCGCCCGACAGUCCUUUGGCACCACAAUGGUAUCGGUUGGAUGAUAGGAAAGGGGACAAGGUGAAAGGGGAGCUGAUGUUGGCUGUUUGGAUGGGAACACAAGCAGAUGAAGCAUUUUCCGAGGCUUGGAAUUCAGAUGCUGCAACUGUGAGCGGAGCCGAAGGGAUUGCGAAUAUUCGGUCUAAGGUUUAUCUUUCUCCUAAGCUUUGGUAUUUGAGGGUGAAUAUCAUUGAAGCUCAGGAUCUGCAGCCGAGCGAUAAGGGUAGGUAUCCGGAGGUUUUCGCUAAGGCUAUACUUGGAAAUCAGGCGUUGAGGACUAGAAUAUCCCAGUCUAGAACUAUCAAUCCAAUGUGGAAUGAGGAUUUGAUGUUUGUGGCAGCUGAACCAUUUGAAGAGCCUUUGAUUUUGAGUGUGGAGGACCGGGUUGCACCUAACAAGGAUGAGGUCUUGGGACGGUGCGCAAUUCCGCUGCAGUAUAUCGAUAGGAGAUUGGACCAUAGAGCUGUGAACACAAGAUGGUUCAAUCUCGAGAAACAUGUCGUUAUCGUUGAAGGGGACAAGAAGAAGGAAAUCAAGUUUUCGAGUAGGAUUCACCUGAGGAUAUGUUUGGAAGGUGGCUACCAUGUUCUGGAUGAGUCAACACAUUAUAGUAGCGAUCUUCGACCGACGGCAAAACAGCUCUGGAAGAACAGCAUAGGGGUUUUAGAAUUGGGGAUUCUGAAUGCUCAGGGGUUAAUGCCGAUGAAGAUGAAAGACGGACGUGGAACAACCGAUGCAUACUGUGUUGCCAAGUAUGGGCAGAAGUGGGUUCGAACCAGGACGAUCAUUGACAGUUUCAUUCCCCGGUGGAACGAGCAGUACACUUGGGAGGUUUUUGAUCCCUGUACCGUCAUUACAAUUGGCGUUUUCGACAACUGCCAUUUGCAGGGUGGGGAGAAGGCUGGAGGAUCGAAAGAUGCACGAAUAGGGAAGGUAAGAAUUCGCCUCUCCACGCUUGAAACCGACCGAGUAUAUACUCAUUCAUACCCUCUGCUGGUUCUGCACUCGAGCGGGGUGAAGAAGAUGGGCGAGAUUCAUUUGGCCGUGAGGUUUACAUGCUCGUCCUUGUUAAACAUGCUGCAUAUGUAUUCACAUCCCCUCCUCCCCAAAAUGCACUAUAUUCAUCCGUUAACAGUGAGCCAGCUCGACAGUCUUCGGCACCAGGCGACUCAGAUCGUGUCGAUGAGGCUGAGCCGUGCUGAGCCACCGUUGCGAAAAGAGGUUGUCGAGUAUAUGCUCGAUGUCGGCUCCCACAUGUGGAGCAUGAGAAGAAGCAAGGCGAAUUUCUUCAGAAUCAUGGGAGUUUUCAGUGGACUGAUUGCUGUUGGGAAGUGGUUUGAUCAGAUUUGCAAUUGGAGAAACCCAAUUACCACUGUUCUUAUACACAUCUUGUUCAUCAUCCUUGUCAUGUACCCUGAACUCAUUCUCCCCACAAUUUUCCUCUACCUGUUCCUAAUAGGAGUUUGGCACUAUAGAUGGAGGCCAAGGCACCCUCCUCACAUGGACACCCGCCUCUCCCACGCCGACUCCUGUUACCCCGACGAACUCGACGAGGAGUUCGACACCUUCCCUACGUCUCACCCGGCCGAUGUUGUGAGAAUGAGGUACGAUCGGCUGAGGAGCAUCGCGGGCAGGAUCCAGACGGUAGUCGGGGACCUAGCAACGCAGGGGGAAAGGUUUCAAUCUCUACUCAGUUGGCGCGACCCGAGAGCGUCGGCAUUGUUUGUGAUCUUCUGCCUGGUUGCUGCCAUAGUUCUGUAUGUUACACCAUUCCAAGUUGUGGCGCUUCUGUCGGGGAUUUACGUGCUGAGACAUCCGAGGUUUCGGUACAAGCUGCCGUCGGUGCCGCUCAACUUCUUCCGGAGGCUGCCAGCCAGAACGGACUGUAUGCUAUGAUUGGUACGCAGAAUAAGAAGAAGAAGAAGAAGAAGAAGAAGAUGAAGGUUUUGUUUUGUGUAAUAUGAAUGAUGGGGGCAUUUUUUGGGCAUUCAAGAGUUAAAAUGUGUAUGAUGAUGAUGAUGAUGAUGGCCUUGGCAGUUUCUAUUUAUGGAUUUGUAUUAUGUUUAGUAUCUUUUCAAUACAAUUUCAAGUGUUUCUCAA